AAAAAAAAUUGUUCGCCUAGCCUUUUUAACAGGUAACCUUCAAGUUAAAGGUUAUAAGUUGGUGAUGUGGCAAUGACUUGGCUGCGACGUGUCAUGUUUUGUAGAUGUGGCAUCCAUUAACUAUUUACUGUAAUAACAACUUCGAAAUCAACUCUAAUUUCUGCGUAUUUCAAAUCAAAUCCCUAUCAAAGUUUGAAGAAACCUAAAUCCCAAAUCCCUAUCGCGACUUGAAGAAUCUCAUUCCCAAAUCCAUAAUCUCAAACCCAUCCCUAAUCUCUAGCUUAAGCCCUAAGCCCUAAUCUGUAAUUGUAGUUCGAAACCCUAAAUCCCUAAACCGAAAAGACUGGAAAGAAGACUGGAAAGAAGGCUCAAACCUCAAACCGAGUAAGGAUGACUAAUAGGGUGGAUUUAAUAAUUCAUCAUGGUGGUAAUUUUGUCAAAUCCCCUGCGUUAAAAUAUUUGAAUGGUGAAACAGAGGUACUGGAUGUGGACCCUGACUUAAUAUGUUAUCCCCACUUAAUGAAAUAUAUAUCAGCCCAAAGAUAUGGGAAAAUAGUUUCACUUACCUAUAAGUUGACCUCUGAACCCUUUACAGCUUUAAAACUCUUACAUAAUGAUGCUAGUAGUCUACAUUUAGCUAAGAUUGCUCGUGAAAAUCAAAAGUGUGAGAUAUAUGUUGAGCAUGGGGUAGAUGAGCCUGAGGUGGUUGGUUUAUGUUUGCCUGGGCCUAAGGAUGAUGGGAAUGAAGCUGGAUUAGUGGGUGAGGAAGAGGUGGCAGAAGCUGAUAUAUUGGGUGAGAGAUUAGGGGUAGAAGAUGAAGUAUUGGGUGAGGAAGGGGGGGCAGAAACUUCAGAAGAUGAGCAUGGUGGCAGUGAGGGUGAGGAAGAAGGGAGUGAAGUAGAUGCUGAUUAUAGUGGCAGUGAGCAUAUAAGUAGUGACAGUGAAGGUGAGGAGACUACAAAUAGGACUAAGAGGAAAAGGAAAAUAGGAGUACAAGCUGAACCUAUACCACAAUCUGUGCCCACAUCUGAAAAUCCUUUAGUAGAUGAGGCAGAUUCUGUACGUGUACUAUGA